AUGAUAACUCAUGACCGAUAUUUAAUUAAUCAAACCGCUAAUUAUAUUUCUGAACUUUCUCCGGAAACACACCAAUUAACUCACUUUCGCGGCAAUUACCGAAAUUAUUUGCAAGAAAAAGAAAGGCAAUAUUUAAGGUUAAAACAAAUCCGCGAGCGGCAGGAAAAGGAAAUAAAAUUCAUUACUAGGAAAUUGGAUGAUUUGCACAUUAAAAAAUCUUCUUAUGCAGUAGACAAAAUUAAAAGACGAGAAAAUAAAAUGGGAUUUGACGCCCGAGGUGCUCGAAAUCAGAAAAGCCAUAGGCGGGUUGUCAAUCAACUAAAAACUAAAAAAACUAAUUUAGCAAAAAAAUUGGUAGAAGUGCCAUUAAUGUUUCGCCGUAAACUAGAAAUUGAUUUUCUUUCCGAUAAUAAUCUUCUCUCAGAAAAUUUUCCAAUCCAACUACAAAAUAUUAGCAAAUCAUAUCAAGACAAAACCCUCUUUAAAAAUCUAUCCUUAAAACUUAAACCGGGUGAGAGAUUAGUUAUUAAAGGAACCAAUGGAAGCGGAAAAAGCACCUUGUUAAAAAUCAUUAUGGGAAUAGUUCCAGCAGACGAAGGAAAAAUAUCUAUUCCUGAGCAAGUUAAGUUAGGUUAUUUAGACCAAGAACAAGAAAAUAUAAAUUUAAACCAGACAGUUAUCCAAUUGUUAGAAAAUGACCCAUUUAUCAAACUAGAAAGGAAACAGAUUCUCCAAAAAUUAGCAGAAUUUGGUUUUUUUUAUCCCCAAGAAUUAUAUUUGCCUUUGUCCCAGUUAAGCAUUGGUGUCCGCCGCAAAAUUCAAUUAAUUCAAGUCAUUCUCCAAGGGGCAGAUGUUUUGAUUUUAGACGAACCAACUAAUCAUAUUGAUUUGCUAAGUUUAGAAAAAAUCGAGAGUCAGUUAAUAAAAUUCCCCGGACCUAUUUUGACGGCUUCUCACGACCGUUACUUUAUCCAAAAAGUUUGCAAUAGAGUAAUGGAUAUUGAAGAAUUCAGCCCAAAAAAUUAA